AUGCGUCGCACUUGUGUCUUUGGCGGCCUCAGCCAUCCAGCCCUGACCGAUGCCAUCUGCGAGAAGCUCGGCAGGAAACCCGACAAGGUCGAGCUUAGAAAGUUCGCCAAUGGAGAGACGAGUGUCGAGAUCAAGACGUCGGUGCGCGACCAGGAUGUCUUCAUCGUGCAGAGUGGUUCUCACAAGACCAACGACGAUGUCAUGGAGCUACUCAUCAUGAUCGCCGCUUGCAAGGGAGGCUCGUCCAAGUCCGUCACGGCCAUCAUGCCAUACUUCCCAUACUCGCGCCAGUCCAAGAAGAAGAGUCAUCGCGGUGCCAUCACUGCCCGCAUGAUUGCCAACCUCAUGCACGUCGCCGGCGUUAACCAUGUCAUCACCAUUGACCUCCACGCCAGCCAGAUGCAGGGCUUCUUCAAGUGCCCUGUCGACAACCUGGUCGCCGAGCCUCUUCUCGCUCGCUGGAUCCGUAGCACCGUUGAUAACUGGAAAUCCGGUGUCGUUGUCAGCAAGAACCCUGGUGGUACCAAGCGUGUCACCUCACUGGCCGAUGCUUUGAAGUUGAGCUUCGGCAUUGUCACCACCGACAGGAGACGUUUCACCAUGGGUCAGAACAUGUACAACAGCCUCGAAACCACCAUCACACUCGUCGGCAACGUUCGCGACCGCCCCGUCUUCAUCGUCGACGACAUCAUCGACAAGGCUGGCUCAUGGAUCGCCGCAGCCGAGACCGUUGUCAAGAGAGGUGGUGCCACAAAGGUCAUCUGCAUGGCUACUCACGGUCUAUUUGGCGGCGACUGCCUUCGCGAGAUGAACGAGUGCCAGGAGAUUGACGCCAUCGUCGUCACCAAUGCCUUCCCCAUCCCCGAGGAGAAGCGCAAGGGUAUGAACAAGCUGGUCAUCCUAGACGUGAGCACUUUGCUCGCCGAAUCCAUUCGCCGCAACCACCACGGCGAGAGCAUCAGUCAACUCUUUAUGCAUCACGACUAA